AUGGACAAGAAGUGUGUAGCAAGAAAGGUGGCACCAAAGUUAUCUAGCCAGUUGGUGAUUUGGAAAUGGAAGCCGCAGUCCUGGUUGCUGGAUAGAAGAUUGGGGAUACUAAACAAUAAUUAUUUCUGUUUGCAAUGGGAGCUCCUUUUUUUGACUAACGAGGUCAUGAAGUGGAAAGAAAUGAUCGCCUUUUUGGAAAAUCAAUUGUCAUGCAUACCACACAACUCCGUGGCGGAACGAACAGGCAAUAAAAAGGGCUUUCAAGGUCUCAUAAAUGAAUAUAACGAACAAAUGAAGGAAAAUAAUUUGGUGAUCUCCAUUUUGAAAGGUAGGCCACGCUUUUCCUCAUUUUCUAUGUAUUUGUGUGAUGAAGUAUACUCAAACUUGACACUCGCUGUCGCCGAAUUAGAUUCACUAAUAAUAAUCUCUUUUAUUUCCUUGGUAUUUUUGUGGGUAUCUAUAGAAGUGUAG